AUGGAAGUGCUGAUGGUGCUGAAGGCCAUGGAAGUGCUGAUGGUGCUGAGAGUGCUGGUGGUGCUACUUGGCCUCAAUAAUGUGACACACAGGAAGUGGUUGAGGAGCUCCGGCCGACACUGUCACCCCUGGGACCUGAAAGUCUCUGAUCUAUCCGAGGGACACAGUCAGUUACAACACCCGCCCACCAGCAGUUACAACACCCCGCCCACCAGCAGUUACAACACCCCGCCCACCAGCAGUUACAACACCCCGCCCACCAGCAGUUAUAACACCCUGCCCACCAGCAGUUAUAACACCCCGCCCACCAGCAGUUCAACACCCGCCCACCAGCAGUUAGCACACCGCCCACCAGCAGUUACAACACCCGCCCACCAGCAGUUACAACACCCGCCCACCAGCAGUUACAACACCCCGCCCACCAGCAGUUACAACACCCGCGCCCACCAGCAGUUACAACACCCGCCCACCAGCAGUUAUAACACCCUGCCCACCAGCAGUUAUAACACCCCGCCCACCAGCAGUUACAACACCCCGCCCACCAGCAGUUACAACACCCCGCCCACCAGCAGUUACAACACCCCGCCCACCAGCAGUUACAACACCCCGCCCACCAGCAGUUACAACACCCUGCCCACCAGCAGUUACAACACCCCGCCCACCAGCAGUUAUAACACCCCGCCCACCAGCAGUUAUAACACCCUGCCCACCAGCAGUUACAACACCCCGCCCACCAGCAGUUACAACACCCGCCCACCAGCAGUUACAACACCCCGCCCACCAGCCGUUACAACACCCCGCCCACCAGCAGUUACAACACCCCGCCCACCAGCAGUUACAACACCCAGCCCACCAGCAGUUACAACACCCCGCCCACCAGCAGUUACAACACCCGCCCACCAGCAGUUACAACACCCCGCCCACCAGCAGUUACAACACCCCGCCCACCAGCAGUUGUAA